AUGUCUAACUGCUGGACUAAGAUCUAUGUCGCACUAUCUCCACCAUCUAGCGACAAAGUUCUGGAUAGCCCCAUCGAAAACGGGUUGUCUUGUGGGCAAGUCUACAAGGUCCCAUUGGACCAACAAUGUGCCUUUGUGAGGGCCAACUGCAAUGACGACGAGUACCAGAUCGGUAGAAUCAACUACCUAUCGAUGUACUACUGCUCAGGCUUUGGAACAAUGUCAAUGGGCUUCUUGGUUGUGCUUUUAGUCUCAUGUUUCGCUUCCUUAGGGCUUACGGCAUCCGAUUACUUGUGUCCAAACUUAUACACCAUUUCCAAAUUCCUUAACUUAUCAGAUAACCUUGCGGGCCUCACGUUGUUGGCGCUAGGUAACAGCUCGCCUGACGUGUUAAGCACAUACAAGGCCAUGAGUGUGGGCUCCAGCGACUUGGCACUUUCAGAGUCAUUGGGAGCAGCAUUUUUUAUCACCACCGUGGUUUUGGGAUCGAUGGCAAUUAUCCAUCCCUUCAAGGUUUCAAAAAAGCUAUUUUUAAGAGAUGCUGGUUUCUUUUUGGUGGUUGCAACUCUCAUAUAUUUCGUCUUGUUGGAUUCCUAUCUCAGUUUGUCCAAUUGCAUAAUUUUGCUUGCAACGUACCUGUUGUAUGUGGUAGUGGCAUUGUCCACUCAUUCUAUGCUGAAAGCUAAACUAAAGAAGAAAUUGAAAGAUCAGCGCACGAGAGCCAACUUUCUACUCAAUGAUCAGCCCGAUGAAGAUCAUCAAGAUGACGACAUUUUUCUUGAUACCUUUUCCAAUUUACCAGGCAUUGAGUCAUUGAACUUCAAUGAAAAUGAUGAAGACGAGACCCCAGACAAUGGAGAUAAGGACGUGGAGUCUGAUAUCCCCGGUUCCUUUGGACUUAAGGUCCUUCUCAAAGAAUUGACCAAACAUUCUCAUGUACACAGCAGAAUCAAGCUAGACUUGGAUCGUCCGUUUACUGCUCCUAUCACGUUUUCAAGCAAUUCAAGCAGCAGUAACGAUAGAGAAAUUCAAACACUUCCAGAUACAUCCAUGCCAUAUAGAAAUUCAGAAACGCAGGGCGAUUCUUACGAGGAGGCAACCGACCAGCCUUCACAAAGCUUUGAAUUCAAUAACGUGCCUUUAAGUAUGAGGUUAGUUUAUUUGUUGAGAAAUGAAGACUCGUCAUUGACUAAGUUACUAGCUCCCCAAUUGUUGGACUUCCCAGAUCAAGACAUAAACACAAAAGUCAGCACUAUUUUGUUGCUCCCAAUUUCAGUUUUCUUAAGAAUCUCCAAUCCAGUGAGAGAUCAGGCAACUUUGAAGGCUUUGAAGGACAGAGAAAAUCUAAAUAACAAUUCUGCAAUACCAUUUAGUUCUUCGUCCAAUGAAGAUUCGGAUGAAGAUGACGAUUUUAACUUUGAGUUAGAUCGUUCACUCCUCUCUACCCAAGCCAUUUGUGGGUCUAUUUUUUUGCUUAUUAUUUCACCUUUUCACGGAUUCAUUUUUUCUUUAUUCAGUAUUUUGUUUGCAUAUGUGAUGUUUUAUGUGGUUCAAAAGAGUUAUCAUGCCAGAGUUCUUUCUGAUGGCUCAAUAACCAACUCAAGUGUUGUUGACUUAGCCGCUAUCAAGAAGCUAAAGGUUAUCAACUAUUCGGCUGCAUUUUUUGGAUUUGUCAUUUCCUUGUCAUGGGUUUCCUUGUUUGCCACAGAGAUUAUCAGCAUUUUAAAAACUGUUGCUGUCAUUUAUAAUUUGAAUGAUGAUAUCUUAGGGGUGACUGUUUUUGCAAUAGGAAAUUCAGUAGGAGACUUGAUUUCAAAUUUCACAAUUGCUAGGAUGGGUAUGCCGAUCAUGGCAUUUGGUGCAUGCUUUGGUGGACCACUUUUGGCAUUAUGUUCAAUGGGACUCAGUGGAUUAAUAUUAAUGGACAGGGACUUAGAUAGCAGAGGAUUCAGAAUUGAAAAUACCCAGACCAUUAGAUCGACAACUAUUGCCUUGAUCGUCAAUAUCAGUUUAAUAUUGGCUUUAGUACCAUUUAAUGACUGGAAAUUCGAUAGACGAAUCGGGUUAAUACUAAUUCUAAUGUGGAUACUAGCUACUACAUUUUCAUUGUCAAAUGAAUUGUUGACUUAA